UACGCUGUUAGCAUGCUGUUAGGCAUCCGUGCUGUUAGGCUUCUCGUGCAGCGUAAUCCGACGUGGUCUCUGUUUUGAUCAUUUAGAGCCUCCUGCAGAUUUUGACAUGACGCCGUUGCGGCGACAGCGUGCCCGUGUGCUAUGCGACCAGCUUCUUUACCUUGAUCUGUCGUGGACAGAAAUAGAAGAUUUAUUCCUCGCCCGCCGCGCGCCCACAGAAAGGAAGAGGAUUUCGUCCACCGGUUUCGUGGACGCUGCGGCUAUGGAUGACCAAACUUUUCGGAGGCUGUUCCGAAUCGAGAAGGGCGACCUCCACAUGCUCAAGGAUGCCUUGCGCAUCACGGAAAUCCGGAGCAGCCAGGGAGUCACUGUGUCGGCAGAGGAAGCUCUAUUGAUGGGUCUGCGCAGACUUGCGUACCCCAAUAGAUGGUGGGAUUUAGAGCCCCUUUUCGGCCGACACGCGUCCGCAAUGUCAAGCAUCGUGAGCAUACUGUUCAAUCAUAUUGACAGCUCAUUCGGCCAUCUGCUGGACGACUUGAAUAACCACAGCUGGCUGCGUCUCAGUGACUUGGAGGAUUUUUCCAAAGCUGUGUAUGACAGAGGGGCUCCCCUGCGCAUUUGUUGGGGCUUUGUGGAUGGCACGGCAAGGCCCAUUUGCCACCCUUCAGUGAACCAGCGCAUGUAUUUUUCUGGGCACAAGAGGCACCACGCACUCAAGUAUCAGGCAAUCAUGUGUGCCAAUGGGAUUGUGUGCCAACUUGAUGGGCCUUAUGAAGGGCACAGGCAUGACGCUGGUAUCCUGCGCGACAGUGGCCUCUACGAGAAGUUGGAGCGGCUAGUGCAGGGUAACUCCUACUGCAUCUAUGGUGAACCUGCGUAUCCUUUGCGCACUCUCCUGAUGAGGCCUUACGCCGGUGCUGCCCUCACUCGCCAGCAAGAGCUCUUCAACAAGCAAAUGAGCACAGUUCGUCAAGCAGUGGAAUGGGGAUUCGGCAAGACUGUGGCUCAGUUUUCAUUCCUUGAUUUGAAAAAAAAUCAGAAGCUGCUGCUGCAAAACCUUGGGCAGAUGUACCAUGUCGGAACUUUGCUUGCGAACUGCCACACAUGUAUCUAUGGAAGUCAAACUGGCAUGUUUUUUGGUAUCCGUGCACCUGAACUGCACGAAUAUUUGGAAGUCUAAAGGAGUACCAAGAUGAUAUUUGCCUCCUCGUAGUUUUUUUAAAGGGACACUAAACCGAAACAAUAAAUCAGUUUAGACUAAUGAAGCAUUGUUUGAGAACCCUGUAGGCAGCCAUUUAAAAAAAUAGUUUGAUUAUUAGUUGAGAAAAUGAAGGUCCAAGUAUCAGUAUUUGAAUUUCGCGCCAGAACCCCAGCGCUGGUCUGUCAGCGUGACGUCAGGGAUUCCAAAGUGCUUUCAUAUUUGGGCCGCAUUGGCUGAGUAAAGGUUCCCGAAACUUGCCAUGUUUAAUAUUUGGUUCCUUUAGAACCCAAUGUAGUCAAUCUGUACUGCUAUAUAUAUAAUUAGUAGGCCCUAGAAGAUGCCAUCAAAAUCCAAGACGUCACAGCCCCCAGGUGCGGGAAUUUAAGUAGGUGCUGCCACCCGUAUUUCGUUUUUGCGCUUUUUCUGGCUUACCAAAUGUCUUAUCGUUGUAAGAGUGGUGUUUUUGGUGUUGUAGAACGGUAAUUUACUUAUGCAGAAGAAAUCAUUUUUGUCUUUAGUGUCCCUUUAAAUAAAGGUAGUUGAGCUCGAAACCUCACAAAGUAUAUUAACAAGCCUCGGCGUACCCUAAAUAAUUUUCUUCAGCUGCUCCGUUGCACGACAUCACGAUAUGAAGGGUGGUGACAUGGCAACAGAGCAUCUUGACAGUUUGGCACACACUGCAGCUUGCUCGGUCAUCUGCUAUGCUGCUGCUGUUCAUUGCGCAGCUCAGUGUAGCGCAUAACAAACCCCCUGAUCACAAGUUGAAGAAAAUGCAACAAUUUCACAAUGGCCUGCUCCAAUUUGACCACCACCACCCUUUGCGUCAUGAUGGUAGGCCACAUAGAUCUCCUGGGAAAGUAAACCAAAAUGGUUGUGCACUAGCCCGAACAGUAAGUUGUUUAUAGUGGUUUGGGGCUGAUUAGCAGACAGGGUUCUGCAUGAUUCGCUUAGCGGGUUCGAAAAAAGAUUUGUGCCUACUGCUGCACUGUUCUUGCUAAAAUUUUGCUGAAAGACCACAUUUUAGAGUCUACAAUGUUCAGU